AGAAGUCAGUUGAGCAUAAAAAUUCAUACGGUUCGGUCUGGCCAAAAUAACUUCAAAACUACUAAACUGAAAUAUUGUAAAUGUAUAAAAAUAUAUUUAACGAAUAAACACAAAAAACUAACGACGAAACUUAAUCGUAACGGAAAUUAUCGAUUUCAAAAAAAUAAAAACAUACUUCGGCAAAUAAUAUAUUAGUAUUAUUACAACAUUUGCAAGUGUAUUACAAAAUAUCAAAUAAACAACAAGAAAAAAACACAAGACAAAGAAACGAAAGAAUUUUUGAAAUUAUAUCAAAAAUACCAAAGGAAGUGAUAAUGCGUUUAUAGCACAAUACAACUAUUUUGUUUUUGUUUUAAUAAAUAGAAAAAAAAAAUCCUUUUACAAACGCCUAAAAAAAUAAGUGCAACAUAAAAAAGUGUUUAUUUUAAAUCGUAUUAAACGUCAAAAUCUAUAAUCAAAAUGAAUAGCAACGUUACAUCAGGGUUUGAUAUUGCUGCCGAAAUAGCAAGCAUUGCUAUAGAUGAAUUCAAAUCACACUAUGUGACCAAAAAUUUCACUGGAUUAAUUCAAAGAUAUUAUCAUUUGGUCGAAGAGGACUUUGGCGAUCCCCGAGCCAAACGUUUCCCUCUCAUGGAUAACCCGCUAUACACAUUGGGCUUAGUCGGUGUAUAUUUGUCGUGGGUUCUGGUGAUAGGACCUCUAUUUAUGCGUGAUCGUAAACCAUUCCAACUAAGACGUACACUUGUCAUUUACAAUGCAUUCCAAGUGGCCAUCAGUGCGUACAUGUUCUAUGAACAUUUAGUGGCAGGUUGGCUAAGUUACAAUCUCAAGUGUCAGCCCGUGGAUUACAGUGACGGUCCAAUGUCGAAAAGAAUGUUGAAUCUCUGUUACGUUUAUUAUUUAUCAAAAUUGACUGAAUUUGCUGAUACAAUAUUCUUCGUGUUGCGUAAAAAAUCGAAUCAAAUUACCUGGCUACAUGUCUACCAUCAUUCAGUGACUCCUUUGGAAACAUGGGUUUUAGUUAAAUUUAUUGCCGGUGGUAAUGCAACAUUCCCCAAUUUAUUGAAUAAUUUCGUACACGUUUGUAUGUACUUCUAUUAUAUGAUGUCCGCUAUGGGACCAGAAUACGCCAAAUUCUUAUGGUGGAAGAAAUAUAUGACUGAAUUGCAAAUUGCACAAUUUGUUCUUUGCAUCGUCCACACUGUGCGCGCCUUAUUAAGUCAACAGUGCCAGUUUUCGAAAUUCAUUUCAGCUUUGUUGUUACUCAACUCUUCGAUAUUCUUCUGUUUGUUUAUGAACUUCUACGUGCAGGCCUACAAAAAGGGCAAGGAUCAAAAGCCAACAGUAGCAACUACUCCAAACACAUGUGCUGCUGAAUUGCAACAGAAACAGAGACAGAAGGCGUUCGAAAUGAACAACAACAACAGUCAAGAUGUGUUACCACUUUUAAGUGAAAAGAAGGUCAACUAAUGACGUUAAACAAAAAUCAAAUCAUCCUUUAGCCAGACCUGUUAACGGAAUUAUGCUAAAUAUAUAAUAUAGGAAUCGAUACAUGUAUGUGUGUACAUAAUUGUAUCGUCCUUUAUUUAUAUAGACAGACAUACUUUAUACAUAUGUACAUACUUAUGUAUAUUAAACACACAUACAAAAACCAACCACAUUAUUAUAAUGGUGUACAAUGUACAUAAUACAUAUUUAUAUAAUAACUAUAGUUUUUAAUAAAAAUAGCCAUGAUUUUCUCACUUUAAUAAUGGUUAUAAUUAAAACAAAAAGAAAAAAAUUAUUGCGUUGCAUGUAUGUAAAUAUGUAUGUAUGUUGCAUGUAUCUAUGUGUGUGAGUCUACAUUAAAUACUAUAAGUAACAUUGUAUUGAGAGUAUUUGAGUAUGCCUUUAAUGCCUAUAAGUGUAAAUAAUUAGUUGUAAUGUAAGUUCUAUUAUACAAUUUACAUUUAGGAGUUUGUAUUUUAAAUGUAUUAAAUAAUGAAAGAAUGAAUGGACUGGACUAAUCUGUCUAUAAGAUUUUCACUUACACAUAAAAACAAGAAAAUUACCAAACACACUAAUGUUAACAUUAAUCUAAUGUCAUUUUGACAGACACAACUGUCAAUUGAUGACUAUGCAUAUAGUUGACCUUUAAAUUAAAGGAUCAUCCAUAUGAGAUGACAAUUGUGCGUUCGUUCAAUUUGUCUGUUGAAAUGAAAACUAGAAGUGUAUAACUGAGUAAGGAAUUUUUUUAUUUCUAAGUGUAAAUUAAUUGUUCUCUUAAACAUAAACUAGUCUUAAUUACAAAUACAAAGCACUACAAACAUACAUACAUACAUAUUUGGAAAUAUGUAUGUGUGUAUUAAUGUUAAUUUUUUAUUAAUUAAUUUUAAAAUAGUGGUUAGUUAUACAAAAUUAUAUUAAGGAUAAUAUAAGAAAAGUAUAUACUUUGGUGUAAAAUUAUACUAUUUUUUAGUUUAAUAUUUUUUAAUGAAAUAUUUUUUAAUAAAAUCGAAAUUUAAAAAAAGAG